GCGGAGACCAGGUCUUCAUGGAGGAAGAUAGUGGACCCCACCCACUGCAGGAGGCCCAGAUCCCUGGGUCACUCUUGCGCUCCCUGCUCCAGGCCAUGCAGAGACCCAGCCAGAGCCCAGUCUUUCUGUUUCAGCCCCAGAGGUUUGGCAACAACUCCCGGGGCUCCUGGAGCAGCGAACAGCUGAGUCCCCGAGCUGGAGAGGGGCUCAGCUCCCCCUUCUGGAGCCUGCCUGCCCCUCAACGCUUUGGGAAGAAAUGACACGUCAUCCCUUGAUAUGUUUGCAUGCAAGGCUCACAACUAAAAGUGCCAUGCCUCCCCUGGCCACCCCCCGCCCCAAUAAAGUU